UUUAUCAGGGGGAGAAUUUAAGAUUGAUAUCUUCCAAUCCAAGACUCUGUCAAAGGUUAAGGGGAAGAAUCAGAAGUGAUCAUAUUUAGAACAGAUCUUUGAACACCUGGUUUGGAAUUUUCUAUCCAUUUGACAGGAAGGCAAAUAUCUUUGGUCCCGGCACCUUCCUCCUAUCCCGGGUUGGCUACUCCCAUCCUGCACCUUUGUUCAGCUCCGCCCAGUGUGGCCCAGCUGCGGCCUCUCUGCCCAGAGGCCACAGAGCCAGCUCAGGCUGUGCCGAGAUGGGGCUGCCCUGGCCAGGGCUGUGGCUGAAGAGGCUCUGGGUGCUCCUGCAGGUUGCCUUGCAUGUGGCCGUGGGCAAAGUACAACUGAUACUGUUUCCCAGCAGAGUCAAGCAGCACAUCACGGCCCUGAACCGGAAGAACCCCAAUUUUUCCUAUGACAACUGGGUGCCAACCCUCUUCAGCACCCAGUAUUUCUGGUUCAUCCUGAAGGUCCGUUGGCAGCGACUGGAGGACACAACCGAGGAAGGGGGUCUGGCCCCAAAUUGCCCCGUGGUCCGCCUCUCAGGACGGAGUUGCAACAUUUGGGACUUCAUGCGAGGCAACAGGCCUUUGGUGCUGAAUUUCGGAAGUUGUACCUGACCUUCAUUUCUUUUCAAACUUGACCAGUUCAAGAGACUUAUUGAAGACUUUAGCUCCAUAGCAGAUUUUCUCAUCAUUUACAUUGAAGAAGCGCACGCAUCAGAUGGCUGGGCUUUUAAGAACAACGUGAACAUCAGGAAUCACCGGAACCUCCAGGACCGCCUGCAGGCAGCCCGCCUGCUGCUGGACAGGAGCCCGCAGUGCCCAGUGGUGGUGGACACAAUGAAGAACCAGAGCAGCCAGCUCUACGCGGCACUGCCCGAGAGGCUCUACGUGCUCCAGGGGGGCAGGAUCCUGUACAAGGGUAAACCUGGCCCUUGGGAUUAUCAUCCAGAGGAAGUUCGUGCUGUUCUGGAAAAGCUCCACAGCUAAUCUGGACAGAUCCUCCAGCUCCAGGUGACCAACAGGAGUGCUCCUCAAGGCUCGGCUCUCCCCAGCUGGCUUCCACCUCUUGACCUAUCUCCCCAGUGGAGUCACAAGCUCAGAUAUUUCCAAUCCAAGCAAACAAUUGCUAUAAUCAGAAAAUGAGGCAAUAAGUAAGAUGAGUGUCCAAGAAUGUACAACUCCACACCCUCCGCUGUGGAGACCACUUUCAUUGCAUGAUGUCUCAGAGUGUGUGAGCAGUCGCAUUCCAUGGGCAUACUUUUGAGGUGUGCUCUCUCCAGCCACUGUAAUACCUAGUGGUUAGAUAUGGCAUCCCUUAUAUUAGGUAAAUGCAUUUUACCAAAUUUGCCAUUUAUGGAAUUGAUAAUUAAGACACUAAACUCCCAAGGAUGGGAGGAUGUCAGGUGUUUAGAGAGAGAUGAGGAAUUGGAAGAGAAGGGAGUAGGGAUGGCAGGAGACAGGAAGGAUGGUAAUCCUUUCCUUGCCAAAAGAUUGAAACCAGUCAGUGGUGGUGGGGGCGAGGGGUGAGUUUCCAUGGGGAUGUAUAGCCAAUUCUACCAUAGAAGAUGAAGGUAUUCACUUUACCAUCUUUGAAUAUAUUUGAUAGAAAUCUGGAUCUCUAUACCCUGGAAUUUUCCACUAUCUUUACUUACUCAUAUCAACAGAUUCACUUGAUGGGGAGGACUGGCUUCCCAAAAAAAUAACCUUGACCAAAUUAGACAAUAGGCCCCGGCAAAACUGUCAUUCAGUUUUACAAAAGCUCAUAUUUGAAAUACUGUUUCUCUGAUAUAUUUUUUUUGCAAGUCUCCUAAUGGUCAUUUGUGUUAAAUUAUAUCAGACUAAUGGAUAACCAUUGCUAUUCAUCUGUUUUAACUCUGCUUCUUGUCAUAUUUGCUUAUGACGGCCACAGCCUAAAGUACACACAGCUGUGACUUGACUUGAAAAAAAUAUUUUAAGAUGCAGCAAGCUAAUACAGAAUGAUUAAAAUAUAUCAGCCUA